UCAAAGCGAUGACAUGUUGAUCGACCUGUAUCAAAUAAGUUUAAUUAUUUUUAUUGGAAGUAUUUAUCAAUAUCAAACGGUUUAACAGAAUUUGUUUAAAUUAUCAUCUAGUAAUGCUCUGAUGCAAUUGAUUUAUGAACUCCUUAAAGUUUGUUGCUGUAACUAGAUUAGUAUCGGGAUUCCGUUCUGUGCCUGUUUGUGUAGUAAACGUAAACAACAGUCGAUUUAUUAAUGCUCCUAAUAAAUUAGGGUAUUUAAGAAUUGAAAACAUGUCGCAGACAAGUAUUAGAUCGUUUUUUUCAGCAACCCCCAAAAAACCUACUAAAACGAAAAAGGAGACGGAGUCGAACGAUAAUUCAAUAAUUGAUGAAAAUGAUUCUCUGGUGACAAAUGGAACUGAAAAGAAAGCAAAGAGAAUUCGAUCAGACAGCAGCGGCAGUGAUUCUGUUGAUGAUAUAAAUGCUUACAAAGUAAACAGUGCUGAAAAGAAAAAUCCAAAGCGCAGGCGCAUUGUUAGUUCAGGAAGUGAAUCAGAGUCAAAGUCAGAGUCAGAAGAAAUUAAAUUGGAAAAAAGUGGCAAACCUGUAAAAACUUAUGAUUCACCAAAAAACAAAAAAUCUAAAGCAAAAGUUGUUAAAACAGAAUCACCAGUCAAAGUAAGCCCUAAAAAGGAAACAAUUUUAUCAACACUUAAAAGUCCGAAAGUCAAACAAGAGAAAGCAAGUCCAAAAGCAAAGAAAGAAGCCCUUAAAUCUCCUCCUUCAAGUCAAAAGAAAAUAAAUGUAAGCCCAUCCAGUAAAAAGUCAGAAACUUCUGAAGACAAAGAGAAUGGUAUUAAAGAGGAAAAACAAGAUGCUACAACUACAAUAACUGCAGAGGUUGAUUACAAUCCAGCCAAAGCAAAAUAUCACCCAAUAAAUGAUGCUUGCUGGUCAAAAGGAAAAGAGGUCCCAUACCUCGCUCUGGCGAAAACUCUUGAAGCUAUUGAAGCUACGUCAGCCAGGUUGAAGAUGAUUGAGAUUCUAAGCAACUACUUCAGAUCUGUAAUAUUGCUGACUCCAGAAGAUCUGUUGCCGAGUAUAUACAUGUGUUUGAAUCGGCUUGCACCAGCUUAUCAUAGUCUCGAGUUGGGCAUGGCGGAAACGUACAUAAUGAAAGCGGUGGGGCAGUGCACGGGGCGGUCGCUGGCGCAGAUGCGCAGCGCGGCGCGCGCGGCCGGCGACCUGGGGCUGGUGGCGGAGCAGGCGCGCGCCACGCAGCGCACCAUGUUCGCGCCCGCGCCGCUCACGCUGCGCCGGGUGUUCGCCGCGCUGCGCGAAGUCGCCUCCGAGACCGGUCAAGCCUCAGUUAAUAAGAAAAUAGGCAAGAUACAGUCUCUUUAUGUCGCGUGUCGAUAUUCCGAAGCGAGAUACCUUAUAAGGUCGCUGGAGGGCAAGCUGCGUAUAGGUCUGGCGGAGCAGUCCGUGCUGCAGGCGCUGGCCGCCGCGUGCGCCGCCUCGCCGCCCGCCGGCGCCAGCGCGCAGCUCGACGUGGCCGCCACUAUGAGCGCUGAACAGUUUAAGGCGCGCGUGGACGAGUUCGCGCUGACGAUAAAGACGACGUACUGCGAGUGCCCCAACUACGAGACGCUGGUGGCGGCGCUGCUGCAGCACGGCGUGCAGGCGCUGCCGCAGCACUGCCGCCUCACCCCCGGGGUGCCUCUCAAGCCCAUGCUGGCGCACCCCACCAGGACGGUGGCCGACCUGUUCACCAGAUUCGAGAACGAGCUAUUCACGUGCGAGUGGAAGUACGACGGCGAGCGCGCCCAGAUCCACGUGCCGGGAGACGACGCGCCCCGCCUCGACCAGGCGGCCAUCUUCAGCAGGAACCAGGAAAAUAAUACUUCUAAAUACCCGGACGUGAUCGGCCGCUUACCCUCUCUACUGAAAGACACAGUGAAGAGCUGCGUGCUGGACUGCGAGGCGGUCGCCUAUGAUCUUGAGAAAAAACAAAUUUUACCCUUCCAGGUGCUAUCAACCCGCAAACGCAAAGAUGCGCAAGAGUCGGAGAUCAAAGUGCAAGUGUGUAUAUUCGUAUUCGACCUGUUGUACUUCAACGGGCAGCCGCUCGUGAGGCUGCCCUUGCAAGAGCGGAGGCAGCUAUUGAGAGAUAAUUUUAACGAAGUUGAGGGCGCGUGGCAGCUGGCGCGCGGGCGCGACUGCAGCAGCGCGGAGGAGGUGCAGCUGGAGCUGGGCGAGGCGCUGCGCGGCGCCUGCGAGGGGCUCAUGGUCAAGGCGCUGCGCGGCGACCGCGCGCGCUACGACAUCGCGCGCCGCUCGCACAACUGGCUCAAGCUCAAGAAGGACUACCUGGAGGGGUGCGGCGACAGCAUCGACGCGGUGGUGAUCGGCGCGUACCUGGGCCGCGGGCGGCGCGCCGGCCUGUUCGGCGGGUUCCUGCUGGGCGCGCGCGACGCCGCCGCCGACGGCUACCAGACGCUGUGCAAGCUCGGCACCGGCUUCAGCGACGACCAGCUGCGCCGCUUCACCGCCGCGCUGCGCCCGCUCGCGCUGCCCGCCGCGCCCGCCUACUACAGCUACUCGAGCGGCGUGGAGCCGGACGUGUGGCUGUCGGCGGCGGCGGUGUGGGAGGUGCGCUGCGCCGACCUGUCGCUGUCGCCCGCGCACCGCGCCGCGCUCGGCCUGCUCGAGCGGGACCGCGGCGUGUCGCUGCGCUUCCCCAGAUUUAUCCGCGAACGAGAAGACAAGACUCCCGAGCAAGCAACAACAGCGGAACAGAUCGCCGAGAUGUAUCUCGCACAGGACCAAGUGAAGAACACCACACGCGCCGCGCCCUGCGAAGACGAUUUCUAUUAGAUCAUGCAGCGUGUUCCGCCGAUAGUGCACUGUGCUAACAGUUUUGCAAUCGCCGAUGAUAGAAAACUUAAACAACAAAACUACGUACAAAAUCCCUUUACUGUUUUCUUCUUAAAACUUUGUUUACAUCGCUCUUGGACAUUCUGCCUAUGAAGAUAUGUGUGCGUUAAACGUAAGUGUGAGUGUGCGUUAAGCGUGUGGGUAGCAACAGUGGACGGGUAGCUAGUUAGGGGUGUACACAGAGUUUUUAGAAUUGAUCAUAAUGGGAAAAAUUUAUCUGGGAUUUUAUUAUAUAUUAAAAACUAUAAGUUCUGUUAUGCAUAGUACACCAUCGGCAAGACGAUUAACGACUUAUUGUAAAUGAUCGUAGGGUUCUUUUUAGUGACUGAAAAAAAUACUAAAUUGAAUCCUUUCCCAAUUUCCAGCAAUAAUGUAUAUGCAUACAUUUAAAAAAUUUAGGGUUCUAAGAUUUAUCGAGAUACAGACUGUUUUUGCAGACCGUGCCUUAUUUACUUAUCUAUCACAAUAAUUAAGAUAAAAAUGAAAUAUUAAUUUUUGAAUGCCUACCAUAAAAUCCUCUCAGCAAUCUUCUAUUAAAUCGAGAUAAAUAAAUAAUCUGCAAUUUAGGAACCAAAUAUAUUUGGCCAUGUAAAAAUAUUACAUAGAAUCAGAACAAUGCUGUAAAAAACCUAAUGAAUAUUAUAUUAAAAAUGAUAUAUUAAUAAAUAAGAUUAUAUUUAAGAAUUGUGAUUAAAUUUCAUCCAAAAGGUAUUCUCCAGCUAAGCUUUAAAUUGUUAGCAUAUAAGAUAUCAUA